GGUCCUUGUUGCUAGGAGACAAUGUGCAUCGUUCCGCUCUGGAGCCGGGUGUCGCUGAUUGCCUGAGUUCUCUUGGCAGAGUACUGAGUUUUUUGCCUGGACUCGGUCCGCCGCCCAGCCAUGCCUAAAAAAGGCAAAAAGGCCAAAAUACCCUUAUCGGAUGAGGAGCAGCUGCUUCUAUUUCAGCAGAGGUUGUUGGCAGAGGAGGAGGCUGCCAAGAAAAAAGAGAGGCUGCUCACCCAGUUCUUGAAGGACAAGCUGGCCAAGGAAGAACACAACAGUGCUCUGAACCUUAAUAAGAUUAACACGCAGUGGAGGACGGUCCUAAGGGAGGUCAAGACUAGAGAGCUUCACAAGGACAUCGAGAUCCUCAGCCAAACGUUUGAGCGAGUGGUGGACUGCAAGGACAGUGUCAUCAAGGCACUCCAAGAGGCCAAAGGAGGCCAGAGGCCCUCAGAUUUCCUGGAAUGAGAGCUACAAGCAGUUGUGAGUUGCCUAAUGUAGGCACUGGAAUUCAAACCCAGGUCCUCUGAAAGAACUGUAAGAGCCAUCUCUCCAGCCCUUCCCAUUCAGUCUUGAUGCAAACCAAGAAUGACAUCUAGUAAAUAUAGGGACCAGUCCCGGUGAUACAUGCCUUUAUUCCUACUACUCAGGAGGCAAAGACAGGUAGAUAUCUUGGUCUAUACUAAGAGAUCCAGGACAGCCAGGGCUCUACUGGCUCAAAACACAAAAACAAACAAACAAAAAACAAAACAAAAGAGAAAAAAAUUCACAAGGCCCCUCCCCGAGGUUAUACAAGCAGAAACAACGCCUGGGGAGAAGGGACCCUCAGACCAGCUAAGCUGUGGAGCUCAGUGAUGCAGCUUCUGUUAGCCAUCACCCAGCUCCUCUAAGGAACCCAAUAAACUAACUGGUUUACCAAAGUGGACGCUGGCAAAAUCGUUAGUCUGGCUCUCUCUCUUCUGGGGACAGUGGAUAAUUGUUCCUGUUUCUGUAGGAAAACAACACAACACAUCCUUAGCCCCCAGGCGAUUGUCCCUCCUAAGCAAGAACAGUGUGUCAGUCUGUCAGUUGCCACUAGAGUCACCUGGGCCCGACUGGAUUAUCGUCACUUCAGCUGGCAGCCAGGAGCCCAGCUGAGCUGUUGACUACAAGUCACAUGACCUCUCCAUGUGCUUUGGGUUUCUCACAACUGGCUUGGUUUCUGGAGGAAGCAUUCCCAGGAACAGGCAUUCCAAGAGGCAGGAAAUGGAAGCUGCCAGGCCAGAGAAAGGGCUGAGUUGGAACUGCCACAGUUCCAAGUGCCAUUCUCACCUCUUCUAUUGAUUCCAUUAAUCAUAAGGUUACUCAAAUUCUCGAAAGUGGAAAAGAGAACUUUUUGCUCCUGCCCUCCCUCCUUCCCACUCUCCCAUCUUCCUUUUUCUUUCUGGCCUUUCUCUAGAGAUGAGUUUUUCUGGCUUCAAACUCAUGAUCUUCAAAAGAUGUUAUUUUUAAAUUAUGUGUAUGUGUCUUGUGUGUGGGGAUGUACAUGUGAGUGCAGGGAGGCCAGAAGGGGGCAUCAUAUCCCUUGGAGUUAGAGUUGCAGCAGUUGUGAGGCACCUGACUUCAAUGCUGGAAACUGAACUCAUGAAAAGGAGCAAGUGCUCUUGACCUCUAAGCCGUCUCUCUAACUUCUAAACUCCCAAUCAUCUUCCUUCCCAAAUGCUGGGAUUGCAAGCAUGUGUCACUAGCCAAACCAGACUCUAUCUUUGGUGGAGGAAUGACAAAGUCCCAUUGCAGAGAAUUGUAGGAUGGGAGUGUACUCAUCUUUGCAAUAUAGUCUGUCACAAGAAGCCACUUCCUGCUGGCCCCUGAAUCACUCUGGCAUGGCUUGAUUGGUUUUUGAUAGCAUUUUUGCUUUUUGUUUUGUGCUUGUAGUUAGUACUGGGGAUCAAACUCUAGACCUCACCUAUGCCAGGUAAACAUUCUACCACUGAGACACAUUCCUAACUUAUAAAAUAAUUUUGCUGUGUAUUGUGGUGCACACCUUUAAUCCUAGCAUUAGAGAGGCAGAGGCAGGCAGUUCCCUGUGAGUUGGAGGUCAGCUUGGUUUACAUAGUUAGUUCUAGACCAACUAAAGCUGCAUAGUGAGAUACUGUCUCAGUACACACACACACACACACACACACACACACACAUUUAUUAUACAUAUCACACACACAUACACACGUCUUGUUAAGUACCCAGGCUGCAAACUCAUUACAUAACCCAGAAACUUUGCAAUGCUCUUGCAUCAGUGCCCUGGUAUUAUGGGCGUGCAUCACCAUGGCUACUUUGCUAAUUUGUAUAAGAAGAUAAACUAGGUUCAAGUUAUUUUCUGCCCUCAAACAUCCAGUUCCCCAAGGAUACCUGGCUUUUUUUAAUGGUGGGUGGCUCCACCAGUGUAAAUGUUUGUGAUCCACAAGACAUUGGCCCACUUCACACUUACUUAGAAAAAAAUAUUUUCAUUUUAUAUCUGAGUGUCUGCAUAUAUGUUAAGUACACCAUAUACAUGCAAUGCCCACGUAAAGGGCAUUGUAUCCCCUGGAACUGGAGUUACAGAUGGUGGUGAGCCAAGACUCUAUGUGGGUGUUGGGAAUCAAACCCUAGUCCUCUGGAAGGGCAGCUGGUGCUCCUAAUUGUUGAGCCAU